AUGGAGGAUACCGGCGAAGGGGGUGCUGAUGAUGUGGCUGCUGCGCUUAGCGAGCUGCCGGCUUUGGCUAUGUAUUGCAUAAAGUUUCUUAGUGAGAAUAAAAGUGAAACUCUUAUAGCCCAGAUAACAAAAUUUAAGGCACAGCUAGAAGAAGAGGGAGAAGCUGCUGGUGAUGCAGCAACAGAAAGUGCAUCUGCUGCAGAUGUAGAUGCAACAAAAGAAGGAGAAGAAGAAGACACAGGCAGCGAGGUAUCAGCAGCAUGGGAGAGUGAGUUAGAGGAAGAAGAAACAGAAGAAGAAACAGAAGAACAAUAA